ACACUCCCUCAAACACUCAUUUCAUUGUCCCAAAGCCUGGAGAGAGAAGGUUUUAACCGGACAGUGUGAAACCUCAUUUAAAAAUAAGGGAUUUUACUCUUUUUGUUGGCUGAUUUCCAUCAGCAUGACCUGGUAGUCUGCAGCCUGGUGGUGGAUCUGCACCAGCUUUGACUGAGCGACACCUGCUCACACACACACACACACUCUCCUUUCCUCUCUCUUUCUCUUUUGUCUCUGACAUCUCUGCAGCUCACAGCCAGCAGCGCUGAAGAAGAGGAGGAGGAGGAGGAGGAAGGAGGAGGAGGAGCGGGGUGUACCUGACACCUACAGCCGAGCAGAGCAGCUCUUCUCCCGCAGAAACACCCAGGACUUUAACACACCACGGUGUGCCUUCUUCUGCGUUAGUUAACCGCAGCUUUAUGUGCACUUUGAAAUGCACUGAAAAAAACUCUUAAAAACAAAACCCACUAGAAGAUACACAGGAGGUCUUCUGAGAGAAGUCCUGCAGACCAGAAAUCUUCAGGAUUUUGUGAGGGGGAAAAAAAAAGGGGACUAUACAUUUGAGAAGAUGCGUCUCCGAUUGCUCCUCGGUGUGUUUCUGUGUGUGUCUGCAGCACCGGGCCCGGUGGCCGGUGCGGACCGCAGCUGCACCGACCUGAGGCAGUUCUACACCGGGAAAGGCUUCACUCUAGUGGAGGUACCUCAGACUGAGAUCUCUGGUGAACAUCUGAGGAUGUGUCCUCAGGGUCCAACUUGUUGUACCAGCACCAUGGAGGAGAACCUGGGCGGUCUGAGCGCCCGAGAGACCGAGGGACUGAUCAGAGAGGCCGGCAGGUCGCUGCAGUCUGCCUUCAACGCUCUCCACAGGAGCUUCGACACCUAUUUCACUGAGCUGCACGGUCGCUCUGAGCGCUCCCUCCAGGAGGUGCUGUCUCCGCUCGGUCCCCUGUACUCCCAGAACACUCGUCUCUACGCCGAUCUCUACAACGACCUAAAACAGUACUACCGGGGCUCCGCUCUCAACAUGGACGAGACCCUGUCUGAGUUCUGGUCCCGCCUCCUGGAGCGCACCUUUAAAAUCUCCGCUCCCACAGAUGUCAGCCUGUCAGAGGACUACCUUGAAUGUGUUGCUAAGCAACAGGAGACGCUGCGGCCAUUUGGAGACGUCCCCCGGGACAUGAGGGCGAAACUGAUCCGGGCUUUUGUCACAGCCAGGUCGUUUGUCCAGGGGCUGAUAGUCAGCGGAGAGGUGGUCAGGAAGGUCUCACAGGUUCAUCUGAGUCCAGAGUGUAUGAAGGCCCUGAUGAAGAUGGUUUACUGCCCCCACUGUCGCGGCAUAGCCUCUGUCAAACCCUGCUCCAACUACUGUUCCAACGUCAUGAAGGGCUGCCUGGCCAACCAAGCUGACCUGGACCCCGAGUGGCAGAAUCUUAUAGACACCAUGAUCCAGGUGGCGUCUAGUUUCAGCACAGAGCCCAGCCUCGACGUGGUUCUCUCCUCCAUCCCUGCUCGGAUCUACGAGGCCGUUCACUACGUGCAGGAAAACAUGGACGCGUUCACAGCAAAAGUGUACCAGACAUGCGGGACUCCAGGUGAACCAGGAACAGGAAGUCCCACUGUUCAUGAGCAGAGGAAGAAGAGCGGCUCCCUGACAUCCUCUGAGUACAAACCCUCUCCAACCGCUGGGCUCAGACUGGAGAUGCAGGUGUCAGAUCUGUCCAGUAAGCUGAGGGAGAUGCGGCAGUACUGGACCCAGCUCCCUCUCGCAAUCUGCAGCAAACUGGCAGCAGGAGGCGCCGGUCAGGAUAAAUGCUGGAAUGGCAUUACCAAAGCCAGGUACCUUCCAGAGGUGAUGGGAGACGGCUUGGCCAAUCAGAUCAACAACCCAGAAGUGGAGCUUGACAUCACAAAGCCAGACAUGAUCAUCCGGCAGCAGAUCAUGCAACUCAAAAUCAUGAGCAACAGGCUGAAAAACGCACUGGACGGCAACGACGUGGACUUCCAGGAUGCAAGUGAUGACAUCAGCGGCUCAGGUAGCGGGAUGUGCGUAGGUGGUCAGUGUCCUCGGAACAGGCCGGGAUUGUACGCCUACCCGCCAGACAACAACCGAGUCAGAGGAGCAGCCGCGUCUCAAACCCGCCUCUGUGGCCUCCUACUCCUGCUCCCGUCGGCCAUCCUGCUGCUUCAGCGAUGAUGGACCGCCGCUGCCUCCAGUCAGACUCUGACGUCUAGAGGAGGGCUGAACCGCGGGACGGACAAAAAGGGGGAAAGAUUGGAACGUAACUUUUGCCAAAAAAGGAAAAAAGACAUUUUGGGGAAUGAAUGGACAUUUUCUUUGACCAAGAGGAGCAAAACUUGACAGUGACAAUACUCUUUAUUUAGUUUUGCUCGGUUUCAAUGUCUUAGUUUGGAUGUGAUUCAGUUUGUUGAGCUGGUUUCAAUGGAUUGUUGGAAGAAGACGGAGAUGAGGAAGGCGAAGAAGAAGACGAAAAGAAUGAUGGCUGGUUGAUGAUGAAGAUAAUGAUGGGGAUAUUGAUGAUUUAUUGACACUCUAUCAGGUCCAUGUAGCGCCAGUUUCCAGUCAGCAGGCGGCAGAAAAAAUGUUUAGUGCCCUGAUAUGUGGUGCGUUCAACAAGGCUUUUUUUUAUUUCAUUUUGUUUUUUAACUCAAGUCGAGGUUGUCUACCUUAACAAACAUUGUGUAAGUUGUAAAUGUUUGUGUACAUUAGCUAAAAGACUGGCACCAUACUGAGCCAUGAAUGUACAGUAUAAUAUUGGCAAUGAAUCCCCCCCCAUAAUCUGUGAUGUAGUCGUCCAGAUGUUUCGGUGUGUGUUGGCAGAUACAUUCAGUAGGAUUUGUUUGAAAUAUUGCAGAUAAAUUAUCACACUCCUGAAAUGUACGAGAUGUUGUGAUUGCAAGAUUUGACCUCACUUUUACUGUAUACCCAACCAUUUCAAAGGAAAAGGGAAAUGACCACCUUUUUAACAAAUCACCUUCGUAAAGAAACAAGCAGCGUCAUCGAAUCAUUUGUAAAAAAGCACAGACGUGCAGUUUCCUUAAGUCCUGUCAGUUUUUUCCUGCAACGAAGACAGAAAACUUGCACAUUAUUCUGACGCUUCUGGUUGCCACAAAAAUCUCCACAGAGACGCAGUAGAGAGGACUCCUUGUUGAACGCACACCUGCGUCCAGUAACUUUAAAUGAAGUCUUAGAAGCAACACAGUGGUUGAUAUACGGUAGGUCAAACCAAAGCACUUAAUACACUGAACACUUUUUUUACAUUUUCUGAAAGCAGACAUUGCCCCGAGUACGUUUGUGACAACCCUUUCACCAGGUUUUCUAACUGCAUACUUUAAAGAAAAGAAAAAAAAAGCAUCACUAAGAAAACAACGGUUUUGUACAUACAAUACAGGAUAUGUGAUAUACAUUUGCCUGGUGAUGCAUCAUUUACUCGGCAUGCCUUUCUUGCAGUCUACACUACUAUACUGGUACAUAUGGGACUCCUGAUUCACACAAGUCUCUUGCACAUACACACAUUUACACACUGGGAUUGUGUAUAAAGCUGAUUUUUGUUCAUCUGUGUAUUUAAUCACACAUUUCAUUCAUUAAACUCUGUUUGAUUGUA